UCGCUCGGUCAGUGGUGCACGGUCGCUCGCGUGGUGUGUACGUGUCGAACGCAUCGCGUCGACCAGAACCGCGGAAAUAGAGAAAAACCGUGCGAGUAAAGAAAGAGCGCGUUUUAUACUCGAUCUUACGCUCGGUCUUAUCUCUCCUCUUCCUCUUCUCUCUCCCUGGCUUCGUCGUUGGUGCGAUUUUUUUUCGUCCAGUUGCCUGUUAAAAAUAGAAGAGAGAAGAGCCUUUUUCUUCGUUCGACGACGAUCGACCGCUACACUUCGUAUCGUAAGCGAAAUUCAAGCAACAACGAGUUGGAACAUGAAGACGUUUAUGGAGAAUCAGCUGUCCUGGGUCGCGCUAUUCACAACCGCCUUGUAUUCCCUGCUCGCCAGCUGCCGGGGUGAAGAGUGCGGACACGAGGAGCUCGUGAGGUGCGCCAGGCCCCUCGAGAAAAUCAGCAGCAACGACCUGGGUCUCGUCGUAACGAAAAAGGAGGAACUCAACAAACUAUGCCCUGACCUCGAGGCCGGGAUGAAAUGCAUCACGAAAUACACGCUCAAUUGCAUGAAGGAGAAGCAGAGGGAGCACUUCAACUUACUCUAUACCGGCACCAACCAGGUGAUCAUGGAACUUUGCCACGACGGUCCAUAUCAAGACGAAUUCUUGAAGCACGCCCCAUGCAUGCAAAAAGUCAAGGCCGAGUACGAGAUGUGUUACAAAACGUAUCAAAAGGCUACGCUGGAAAUGGAAAUUAUUUCAAACCGCACAGCUGUCACGCAAGAAAAGAUCAAGUCAUUUUGCUGCUCCUUCACGGAGUACUUGGAAUGCUCUCAUCAUGCAGUGCGCCGUCAGUGUGGCGACGAUACAGCGCGAUUCACGAAGGAUUUCCUCGACAGAAUGGCAACCUCGCUGCUAAAAACGCACUGCACUUACACAUGCGCUAUGCUCAAUGGUAGCUCGACGCCAAAUCUUUCUGCCAUUAUGCCAAUGACGCUUAUUCUCCUUAUGAGAUACUUCACGUAAUUGGCUCCAGCCAGAAUCACUUUUUACCUUCGGAAGAUGGAGGCUGGGAGCGCGAGAGGAAGAGGAAGGGAGGCAAAAGAUGGGGAAUCAAGCGAGAAGAAUGGCAAGAUGAGGACAAGUCGCUAGGACACGAGGAGGAAGGAGAGUCAUUUGACUUUUAUCGUGCUUUGCUUCAGAGAGAAUAUAUUCCUUAUUUCCGAAGAGUGCUCGAAGAAUGGUGGAAGGAGAGGAGGGACCGAAAAGCCGAAAAAAGAGACGGAGAAGGAAAGCAUCGAGCGAAGAAAGAGGAUCCAAGGACCGGAACAAGAGGGGAAAAUGUGUAUAUAUCUAGGAAGAAGCACGUUUCUUUCUUCAAAGAGAAUACGUUUUUAUUUGCGAGAUGGCGAGAUGGUGCGGGAGAUGGUGAUAAUCAUGAUUACGAGAGUAAGCGGUGUGGGAGACCAAUAUUAAGAGCGAAGGGAGCGAGGGGAGUGAGAAGGACACUCUAGGAAGAUGCGACGGAGCAUCGGAGGAAGAGGAUCGGGCGGGAGAAAAGUCGUCGAUGCAAAAUGCACGUCGCGGAGAUAUCGCGAAUCGAACGAUAAUAAAGUAGAUCGCGUAGACCCAACGAGCCGUACAGCCUCGAUCGAUCGUUCGCCCUCGCGAUCCGUCAAGCCGGCACGACAUCAAGUCGUACGCAAGACUGAGUCGAUUUUUUUCUUACGCGGGAGAAAAAUCGCAAACGGAUAAAAAUGAAAUAAAAAUACUCUUUAUUAUGACCGGCGAGAUCCUCCGCGAGCUGUCUCUUAAUUGCGAAUUGUCCUGACGAGUAGUCGCGCGAAGAGAGAAUCCCACGAACACGUGGUACGGAUGAUGGGGAAGAAGGGCGGCGACGAUAAGGGAGUUUAAAGAUUUAUAGCGAGCCGAGAGGAGAAAAGGCAAACGUGUCUUUCCGGCACGUUUCCGCUUCGAUUUCGGAAAAGGGCGCUCGUGCGGAACGAACAAACGAGCUAUCGUCGCCCUGAAAUCAAUUUCAUCGAAUAAUCGCGAUCUAUCGAUUCGUGCGACUAUCGAAAGAGAGAGAGAGAGAGAGAGUGAGAUAUCGCCGAGAGGAGUCCAAGUAGAGCAAAGAAUUUCUGUGCUCGUUCAAAGAACAGCGGAUGAAAUCACGGUACGUUCCUUUGCGCGAGAGAACGCGAGUGUGUUUCGUUAAAGAACGCGAUCGCCCUGAGCACAAGUGUCUUCGACUUUGUCGAAAGUUCAAGAAGUAGUAAAAUUGACGCGCGUUAUCGCGACUUCGUCCAAGACGAGAGGAUCCGCUAUAACUAUUCGCUCUCUCAAGACGCGGAUGCGAGUAACGAUAGAUAGAUAGAUAAUCACGGAGCUUCAAAAGCUCUCUAGGUAUAUCAAACCAAUUUUCUCUCUCUACGCAUUAUACGAACUCUACUUUUGCACUGUAUUCGGGGGCCAUAUACAUUUUCGUAUUUUGCGCACAACGAGCGAGAUCCGAAAGUUUGAAGAGCAUUUUUUAAUUUCAGAGAGUCACAUAAUACGGUUUCGAAAAAAGUAGUUUGCGAAAAAAAGAACUUUUCCUCACCAGGCCGCACUAAUGAAUACACGCUAGAAUUUACAGGGGAAUUUCGCCUAAUUAAAAAUAGCCGAGAAAUAAUUAGAAUAAUUGCUCAUUCUUUGAUAAAAAUUUCUGCGGAACACAUAAAUAACACGCGUGGAUAAUACUUACAAAAUGCUGUUGUUCGUAAACAAAACUUGGGGAUAAGUCGAGGAAGGGAAAAAAUGGAGAGGAAAAUGUUGCAAGCGUUGCGGGCUACUCGCGGUGCGUUUGAUAUGUUUGUUUGACAUGACCAUCUGUACAAA